AUGGAAACCAUGCGAGAUUCGGUCGAGUUAACCACUACAUACGCGGUACGGUCGGAUAGGUAUGACAAAACCCACCUCAGCAAUUUCAUCACGGAGCGGCUUAGUCAACGGAUGAAGACCCACAGAGAAAAGGUAGACAUAUCGGUGCGUGGGAUUGGUCAGUCAGGGACCAAAGUCAGGCAAAAAAUCCAGGCGGUGGUGGUUCGCUCGCGAGUUUCUCAAUUCUCGCAAUCUAUGAGCAUCCUUGUUCUACCUAGCGUAUCGGUGAAUCUUCCAACUGCUACAAUCAAUACGGAUGGUUGGUCGAUACCCCCGGGGAUUAAACUGGCUGAUCCCGCCUUUUUCGAGUCUGGUAGAGUGGAUAUGGUGCUCGGUAUGGAGUCGUUCUUCGAUACGCUCAACGAAUCGGUUUUUGGAUGGGUGGUGUGUGGAGGCUUAUCCAACUCAAGCCAGGAUCUGCGCAUCAUUUGUAACGCUUCAGCAACAGAGAAUCUGGAGUCUCUGGUUGCCCGGUUCUGGUCCAGUGAAGAGGUUGGUCCGGUCAAGGUACUACCACCGGAGGAAAAACGAUGUGAGGACUAA